UCAAUCAAGAUUCAAGCAGUUUGUUAUUAGUCGUUGUGCGGGAGCUAUGUGCGAAUUUCAAUAAAUUAUUCGAUAUUUACGUAGGAACAUAAUGUAAUAUUUUUAGAGAUCUGAUAUUCAAAAUAAAUAAGGAUUAAAUAUGAGCGAUGAAAAACAGCCCCUCCUCACAGGGCCUAGUAUUUUAGUCGAUAACCCAGAGAAUCAAGUCGUAGAAUUAGUGACUAGUCCCACGGGACCAACUAAAGAUGAAAAAAAUAAAAAGGAAUACAAUCCAGCCUCAGAGCGGUAUUUAGAACAUCCGACCUCUAACUUUGAUACUCUGAUCCAUCUACUGAAAGGUAAUAUUGGAACGGGCAUAUUGGCAAUGCCCGAUGCCUUUAAAAAUGCUGGACUUUUUUUGGGUGUUUUUGGUACUUUAUGCAUGGGAGCUAUUUGCACCCAUUGCAUGCAUAUGUUGGUACUUUGUUCCCAUGAACUCUGUGUGCGUAACCAAAGACCAGCAAUGAGUUUUGCUGAAGUUGUAGAAGAUGCAUUUGCUAUGGGACCUGUACCUUUGAGAAAAUACGCAAAAAAUAUUAGGAACAUUGUCAAUGUGUUUCUUGUAAUAACUCAAUUGGGAUUUUGCUGUGUGUACUUUCUGUUUGUGGCAACUAACCUUCAAGACACCAUGCACUUCUUCCAUAUAAAUAUGGGUGUCCACAGCUACUUAGCCUUAUUAUUUCCGCCGAUGCUAGCGUUGGGUAUGGUGAAGAAUCUAAAAUACUUGACACCGGUUUCUCUAAUAGCUGCUAUUAUGACCGCUUGGGGCUUGGUGAUUACCUUCUACUAUAUAUUGCAAGAUUUACCCCACACCAGUACUGUGAGGGCAUUUGCGAGUUGGCAUCAAUUACCACUCUACUUUGGAACGGCCAUUUAUGCAUUUGAGGGAAUAGGGGUGGUAUUACCUCUAGAGAACAACAUGAAAACACCGCAGGACUUCGGCGGGUGGACAGGUGUUUUGAACACUGGUAUGGUGAUUGUAGCAGCUCUGUAUACAGCGAUAGGCUUCUUCGGAUAUCUCAAGUAUGGGAAUCAUGUCCUUGGCAGUAUUACUCUCAAUUUACCGAAUGAACCAUUAGCGCAAAGCGUACGAGCGAUGAUGGCGAUUGCUAUAUUCCUAUCAUACGGCCUUCAGUUCUACGUGCCGAUGAAUAUAGUCUGGCCUUUUGUCAAAUCGAAACUCACAUCAGAAAAAGCUCUCGCGUACGGCGAAGCGAUAACAAGAUUCAUAUUGAUUUCGUUGACUUUUAUAGCAGCUGCGUUGAUACCGAAUUUAAGUGGAAUUAUUUCUCUCGUAGGAGCAUUUAGCAGUUCUGCCCUCGCACUUAUAUUUCCGCCAAUAAUCGAUAUUAUCACAUUCUGGCCCGACCGACUCGGAAAAUACGACUGGAAAAUGUGGAAAAAUGUUGCCAUUAUCAUUUUUGGUAUAACCGGAUUUGUGUUCGGUACAUACGCGAGUAUAGGAAAUAUUUUAUCGCUUCCGUAAUGUGGCGUUUACCAAAGAUUCAACCAUGACAAUAAAUUCUUUGAGAAUUAUAUUUAUUAUUAGACUAUAGGCAUUGACAAAUCGAUUAGGAUAUACCUUAGAUAAGCGCUUGAAGUAUUAUUGAAAAUUUAGAGAUUUAUGUUCCUGAGUUUGACAAUAUAAUUUUGGAAGACAUCUUUGCAUUUAUGCGUACAUUUAUUUUGAUAUACAGUUUUGUAUGUGUGUAUUCCGAUUUUGAUAUAAUUGUAAGUUAUCUGUACAAUGUGUUUUGUGUAUAGGGGACGUGUAUUAAUCUAGUACAAUUCGUUUGUUUGAAAUGUUUAGGACUAUAUUAUACUUAUUUUUAAAACAUAAAAUCGUAAAUUUUCGGUAUUGAAAAAAAACAGUAGUAUGAUAUAUAAUACUAAUAUGAGUAGUUUUUUUGUUAUAGAACGUCAAUAUAAAAGAAAAAUCAUUGUCCCAUAAUCCAAUAGUAACACCAAAGAAAAAAAAUAGUUUUGUUAAACUACGCGUAGCAAAUGCAAUUGAAAUUAAAUAUAGAGUCCAAAUGUGAGUUAAAGAUAACUACUUGUUUUUUUUUUGAAAUACAAACUUUAAUUUAUAAAUAUUUUCCAUUUUAUCAUAAAAGAGGUUAUCUGGUUCCAGUUCAAAUUAGGAUUAAUAUAUCGCCCCUCUUUAGUGCAAUGUGAUUCGUAUUUCGUUCAAAACACGGCAACAUUACGUGAACUUUUGUGAUUAAUAAUAAGAGUUUAAUCUAUUUAAUCUUGCUUUUUAGUAUAAUUGUUUGUGAUAUUAUUUAUUAUUUUUACAAUAUCAUGGGUUGCUUAAUAAUUGCCGAUUUAUUUUUUAUAAUUGUAUGUGUGUUUGAUUUAUAUAACGAUUUACUGAUUUAAUUUUGUACAAAUAUUUUUUGCAUAAAAUAUGCGAUUUAAUGCGUACACGUAGUUCUAUGUAUGGCAGCUUAUUAGAAUUUUAUUUAGGCACAUAAUGAUUUUAGUCAUGCUUUUUAUUAAACUGUUAAUAGUUGAAAUUUAAAAUCUUACUAAAAUGUAAUUUAAAUGAACAAAUUUUAGCUAAAAUUUGUUGUGUACUACGUACAAUAUUUUAUUACUUAUUAGUAAAAAAUAUGGAUUUAAAAUUAUAUUGUACUAGUAUUUAAUUAAUAAAGCUUUACUGUGA